CCCUUUCUUCACCCCCGCCCCCCUAAAAAAAAAGAAAAAAAAAACUCCAAAAUAGAAGAUAAAAAAAGAAAAGAAAAACUGAAGAAAGUGAUGGGUUUUUGGUUCUUGUUCCUACCGCCAAGUCCAAAAUCAUCAGUCUCGCCUAAAUCGAACGAAUUUGACAUCUCACUCUCCCAUUGCUUCUAAUAGCACCUCCCUUCAAUCUCAAUUUCGCACAAUCGAUGGGAGGACCAGUAAAGACUGAUACAUGGAAGCGCACAUUACUGCUAGCCUUCCAAAGCCUCGGUGUGGUUUUUGGUCACUUGAGCAUUGGUCCUCUAUAUGUCUUUCAUACCGCAGCUCCAGAUGAAAUCAAAUCAAAGGAGAUGUUAUAUGGGCUGAUGUCCUUUGUAUUUUGGACAAUGACAUUGAUUCCAUUUGUAAAGUAUAUUUGCAUAGUUUUGAGGGUUGAUGACAACGGAGAAGGUGGAACAUUUGCACUGUACUCACUUCUGUGUAGGCAUGCCAGAGUGGGCCUGCUUCCUAAUGAUCAAAUUGAGGAUGAUCUUUGCUUGUAUGAGGAUGGUGUAGAUUCAAAGGCUAAAAAUACGGUUGAAAGGAGCCAAAAGAGUCGCUAUAUGAUGUGGUUCAUGGCUAUGCUUGGUUCAUGCACAGUUAUCACCAGUGGGGUUCUUGUUCCAACUAUUUCUGUGCUCUCAGCAUCAUCAAGUCUUGAUAGAUCUCUUGAAGAAUUAUUUUUUAAAUCACAAAGAAAAAGAGAGAAAUUUGGAGAGCGUACGGAAAUUCCAUUUGCUUAUGCAAUUAUAAUAGCCCUCUUCGUGUUGCAGCAUUUUGGGACACAUAAAAUUGGUUUCUUGUUUGCUCCCAUUAUAAUUGUAUGGCUCCUAUUCAUCGGUGGACUUGGUGUAUACAACAUAUUGCACUGGGAUCAAGAUGUUUUCUGGGCUCUUUCCCCUCUCUACAUGUACAAGUUUAUAAAUAACUUAAAUAUCAUGAACUGGCGGUCAUUAGGCGGUGUCCUUUUGUGCACAGCAGGCUCUGAGGCAAUUUUUGCAGAUCUAGGUCACUUCUCAAAGAGAUCAAUCAAGAUUGCUUUCAGCCUUCUCGUUUAUCCUUCACUUAUUUUGUGUUACCUGGGUCAAACUGCUUAUAUAUCUAAAAAUUGGAAGAGAGAAGGAAUAGAUGAUGUUACUCAUCUAAGGACUAGUGUACCUGGAAAUCUUCGUCAUGUCUAUCCAUUGCUCUCUCUUCUAUCUUCUGCAGUGGGAAGCCAAGCAGCUAUUACAGCUACAUUCUCUAUUAUAAAACAAUGUCUUGCACUUGAUUGUUUGCCUAGAAUGAAAGUUGUGCACACUUCCAGUGAGAUUCAUGGGCAGGUUUACAUUCCAGAUAUCAACUGGAUCUUGAUGAUUCUUUCCCUUGCUUUGGCUUUUGCUUUCGGGAGUAUUUCCCAUAUUGGAUAUGCCAUAGGCCUUGCUAUAAUAAUUGGCAUGCUGAUCACAACCUGCUUCAUGUCGUUGAUCGUUGCAUUGUACUGGAAUAAGGUAUUACUGGCUGCAUGCUUUCUUCUCUUCUUUGGAUCCAUUGAGGCUAUCUAUUUCUUGGGCUGCAUUCUGAACAUGAAGAGGGGUGCCUGGAUCGUCAUUGUUUUUGUAGAAGUAUUGUUGAUAAUUAUUCUGUCCUGGCACUACGGAGUCAUGAAGAAGUACCAGCUUGAUAUGGAAAAUAAAGUCUCAAUUGAUUGGCUCAUUGGCCUCGGUCCAAACCUAGGAGUUUCCAGAGUUCCAGGAAUCGGCUUCAUCUGUACUGACAUCACAAAGGGAAUUCCAGCUUUCUUCUCUCAUUUUGUGACAAAUCUUCCAGCCUUUCACCAAGUUAUUGUCUUUGUUUCUUUCAAAUCCAUGCCAAUACCUCAGGUUACUCCAAGCAUGCAGUUGCUUAUUGGAAGAAUGGGACCAAAAGAGUAUAGAGUUUAUCGAUGCAUUGUGAGGUACGGUUAUCGUGACGGAAUUAGGGACAUAAAUGAAUUUGAGGAUCAAAUUGUUCAUGGUAUUGGAGAAUUCAUUUCACAGGAUGAUGGGAACUCUGAAGCCUCGUGUUGGUCUCCAGAGGGCCGAGUGGUUGUCUCUGGAAACCUUCAUGGUGGUAACGCUUUAAUUACCGUGCCUGCAAAUGAUUCUUUUACCACUUGUGAGAGACCGGUAGAUGUCGAAGUUCAGAAACUUCAGAAUGAUGAACAACCUUCAAAGAUAAGAAAAAGGGUUCGGUUCUUGUUGCCUCCAGAGAGCCCAGAGAUGAGCUUGGCUGUUAGGGAAGAGCUUCAAGAGUUACUGGAUGCAAGGGAGCAUGGAACAACGUAUAUUUUGGGAAAAUCACAGUUUUUUGCUCAGAGAGGAUCGAAUUUCUUGAGGAGGAUAAUCAUUGGGGUGUAUAUUUUUCUUGUCAAAAACUGCAGAGAGCCGUCAAUGUUGCUGAACAUUCCUCAUGCUGCUCAUGUUGAGGUCGGCAUUUCUUACACGAUAUAAGUUGAUUAAGCGUGAGAACCGUCAACGGAUCUUGAUAUUUCUAGUGCUGCUUAAGGUUUGUAUUUCCUCCACUGUACAAGUUGAUAGGAUGGCUGUAAGUGUUGAUAGGAUGGCGUGUAAGUGUCUAUGUAAUGCUAGAUAGUACAUGCUUUUGUAUCCUUAGAA